UGACGCGUUGAUUGGGGUGUGACCUGCUGCCCUGGCCGGGUCAGAAACACACCCAAGUGACCCACAGCCUGGUGUCCUGUGGAGCAGACACACACCCACACCCACACCCAUGGGACUCUUGGAGAGGCACCCCGCCGGUGCCGUCUGGGCUGUCAGCCACGCAGACGUGCACGUGGUCACGUGAGGAGGGCCCACACACGGGACACAGGGCAGACAGCCCCCCCCCCCCCCCUCAGCUCCUCCAAGAACAUGACGCGUGGCCCUGAGUCUGGCCUCAAGGGUGGAGAAGCCAAGAAAGGGGCUCCCUCAUCUCUGGGGAACGAAGAGCCAGUCAGUGGCCACCGGAGCCUCCCCGCUGGCACACCUGCAGACCUGGUGGCUCCCAAAGGCCGGAAGGACACCAAGGCCACCCCCACACGAGUGGGCCUGCAGUCCGCCCCCAAGGUCCUGGACCCCCGCCCUCUGCAGCUGCCGUUGGGGCAGCGGGAACUGGAUAUCCAAGCUCUGCGGUAUGCCGCCCAGGACCGACAGGAUGCCCGGCACCGCCGCAUCCUGCAGGAGGUGGCUGGGCUGCCGCCCGAGAGGGGCCCUCACAGUCAGGACAGGUUCCUGCGGGCCCAGGUCCAGAAGCUGACCCUGGAGCUGGAAGAACAAAAGGAACGGGCCCAGCUGGAGAGGGAUCGCCUGGAGGAGCAGCUGCUGCAGACCCAGACCUCGCUGCAGCAGCGGGAGGCCGAGCUGCAGGCCUUGCACAAGUCCUGCCUCGUGAAGCUGGCCCACUCCUCCUGGGUGGGCCGCAUGCUCCGCUCGUCCACCGGCAGCGUGGAGGUGGUGACAGCAGAGACCCUGGUGGACCCCAGCGACUCCUCGGAGAAUGACGAGGCCUCCCCGGGUCGGGAGGGCUUCCGGCUGGAGGACGUGGACUGGAACACCAUCGCCCACCGCUACCCCAACCUCCUCGCCAACAUCAAGUCCAAUUCGGAUUACAAGCACCCCCGGCCCCGGACGCCCCCACGGCUCCCAGUGGACUCACUGCCCGACGAGUGUGGCCCGGAGUCGAGCGGAAGACAGCACCGUCUCAAGAGUGUGGAGUGGGACUCCGGGACCUUCGUGGGCUCCGACAACUCCCGGGGCGCCAACUCGGACUCCAGCAGCUGGCCGCUGGACGAGCGGAGUGGUGUGCAGAAGGCGACAGGGCACCCGCUCCGGUCGCCGGGCCACAUUUCUUUCCAGCACAUAGGGCCACCAGGCAGGAGCCUCCGCAGGGACUCGGAUGCAGAGCCUGAAGGUGGGGUGGGGCGGGGCGGGGCUCCCCGUUUGGGCUGCACUCACUGUCCGACGCCCUGGAGGAGGUCCUGCAGAGCCUGGCCUUCCCUGGAGCCCAGGGUGGGGUGGCUGCUGGGGCCCCUCCCGCCGAAUCUUCGGGGUGUGUCCCAACCCCCAGAGCCCAGCCACCGCCUGCCCUGGAGGGGACCCCUGAGGCUGCUGCUCUCCCACGUGGACCCCCCAGGGCACUGCAGGCCAGUGGGUUCCCCAGCAGAUGCUCCAUAUGGGGGUCCCCCUUCUGAACAGGACCUCCGGAACAGGAGGUCUCUCCAGGCUCCUCUGGAACCCACUCAGACCAGCCGGGCAAGGUGGGGGCCACAGACGCGGACCACGGGCCUUCAGCGCACCCUUGGAGGUGAGGGGGGUGCGGUUUGGAGGAGCACAGCAGGGAGGCCCCGGGGUUCCCCAGCAGGAGGGGCCCUGACCUGCCACACCCUCCCCAGCGAGACCUCCUCCUGCGUGAAGAUCGUGGCCGUGAGCCUCAGCAAGGGGUUCGUCCGCAUCCUCAACGAGUCCGCGGAGGAGACGGCCGACCUGGGCGGCUCCACGCUGCAGCAGCUCGAGGGCGACUUCCCCGUGCGCACCUACCGCUUCCCACCCCACACGCUGCUGGAGCCGCAGCACCACGUCACGGUGCGCCCCACUCACCGCCAGCCCGCGCGCCCCCGCCCCUCGCCCAAGCCCCUCACCCAUGCCCGGCGCUGUCCCCAGGUAUGGGGGGAGGGGCCCGGCUGCACCAAGAAGCAGCCGGGCCCCUCGUCCGUGGGCCGGAAGCCUGCCCACUUUCACCCCAGCCCGAGCUUCGUGACUCUUCUCCUGAGCCCCAAGGGCGAGGUUUUGAGCAAGUACCAGGCCCCGCUCUGCCCGGUCCCCACCUUGAGGAUCUUCGAUGACACCGACUUGUCCAUCGACCGCUUCCUACUCUCAGAGGCCCAGCCCAGGGCCGAUGCGCAGCAGCAGCGGCGCCCGCCCCGACUCUCGGGCAAGCGUCGGAGGCGGGAGGCCAGGGCGCAGAGCCGGAGGCCCAGGUGGGGACCGCGCGUCCCUCGGUCUCGGUCUCGGCCUCCUCCCCAGGCCCCGCCCCACCCGAGAACACCGUCCCUCAGACCCGGCAGGAGCACUCGCCACUUCUGCACCCCCACCCCCCGCCCCUCGCUAGGCUCCCCACGGGCUGGCUCCAGCCCUCACGAUUCUGUCACCCCAGCAGGACACAGGGAUACGGAGGGAGGGCGCGCAGGGAUAUGGAGGGAGGGCCCCCGCAGGGAGGGGGAGGCCGGCCCACACCCCCCAUCACUGUCCCACACAGAGGACGGGCCGAGCCUCACGGUCUACCGGUAUAAGAUGAAGCCCACCGUCCGAGUGUGCCGGAAGAGCGUGGACCGGGGCUGCCCGAUGGUGGCGCUGUCGGUGCAGAGCAGGGCCAACAGCAGGUUCCGCUUACCCGGCUGCCCGCCCAUCACCGUGGACGCGUGCAGGCGGGUGUAGGCCGGGCAGUCCAGGCGCCUGCACUUGCUGGCCAGCUCCGUGACACCAACCGGCCAGCGCCGGGCGGGGCGCCGGGAGGCCGUGCGGGCGCGAAGAGGCAGUGGCAGGAGGCAGGCGGUGUCAGCUGCGUAAUUUACUGAACCAAUGUCACCUACCAAGUAAACUGCAUUUCUGUG